GCGGGGAGUCGCUGCACACUGCGGAUCCCAAGGUUCCAAGCGGCAGCCUGGGCGGGAAGCGGCUCUCGCUGAGGGAGCGCGAGGACUUGAUUCAACACUUUAAAAAUGAAGGGGGAAUCUCACUUGCUGGAAAUUAAAGUGCUAAUUCAAGAGCUGGUGAAGAAAGACACCUCAUCAAAUGUACCUGAGAUCGUUGACAAACUGUUCAGUGAGAUAGAACAUCUGGAUAACGAGGCUGGGAAUGAGAUUCAGGAGGCUCAGAUUGAAGAAAGUGCAAUAAGCCUUUGGAAUUGGGCUGUGACUAACCGAGUAGAUUCAGUCAUCAAUGAUGAGCAAAGAGCUAAAUUGCGCCAUGUUUCUUGCAGGCUAGUGUGCCUGUGUGAAGGCAGUAAUCCUCCAGAGGAGAAGAUGCGAAGACAGAUUUUGAUGACCAUGAAGACUGGAAAAGGGUGGGUGGAUGUUGGAAAAGCCACCCUUGCUGAUGGAUUUCUUGUGAUUGCCAUAAAUAGUCUAGAAAAACUAUAUUCCCAAUUAGUGAAGAGGAGCAGUGGUGAGGCAGAUAUUCAGGUGCACAAAGCUGAUGUAGAGAAGGACCUAUUCAAAGUGCUGUCUUACCAAGCUGAAUCAGCAGUUGUUCAAGGGUAUUUUCAGAAUGCAGUGACAUGUUUGCAACGCUGCAAAGAUAUGUUGACAAGGCUGCCAAAACAGACCUGUUAUCUAUCAAUCCUCUGCUAUAACUUUGGAGUGGAAACCUAUGAACAGAAGGGGUAUGAACAGAGCUCCUUCUGGCUCAGCCAGAGUUAUGAGAUUGGGAAAAUGGAUAAGAAGUAUUCUCCCGGGGAAGAUAUGCAGGCUAAAGUGCUGCGGUUAUUAGCCACUGUCUAUUUGGAGUGGGAUUGCGAACAGUAUCAAGACAAGGCUCUCAGAGCUAUAAACCUGGCUAACGAGGAGAAAAUGCAUCCAGCUGGGUUUUUCUUGAAAAUUAAAAUCCUUCUGAAAAAUGCAGCAUCUGAUGAAGGCAUCAGGACAGCUGUUGCUGAACUUCUGCAUCAUGAGGUGUCACUAGAUUUCUGUUUGAACACUGCUAAGCUGCUUCUGGAACAUGAAAGGGAAUUGGUUGGUUUUGAUUUUCUGAAGUCCAUCUCUGGGCGGUUUGCAUCCUCACCUGACCUCGGAAAAAUCAUCUUACUCCACAUCGAGUUUCUGUUACAGAGGAUGAAGGAGCCGCUUGCCAAGCAAAAAAUUGAAGAUGUCAUUACAGGUCACUAUACAGGAAAACAGCUGUCACCUGAAACACUGAACCGGCUGCACAUCAUUCUGUGGGACCGAGCUGCCAAGAGCUAUGAGGCAAAAAACUACUCUGAAGCCCUUCAGUGGUAUAACUAUUCUCUCAGCUUCUAUUCGUCUGGGCAGAUAGAUCAGAACUUGGCUAAGCUGCAGAGGAAUAUGGCUUCCUGCUAUUUUCAUCUGAAACAACUUGAAAAAGCAAAAGAGGCAGUGAAGGAAGCAGAGAGGUGUGAUCCCAGCAGCAUCUUCACUCAAUUCAGUGUGUAUAAGGUUGCGGUCUUGGAGGGUAACACUGAAAAAGCUGUGGAAGCAAUUGUUGCAAUGGGGAAGUUAGCAGCAAAGCCAGCUCAGCAUGAAGAUAAGCUACUAGCAGAUGGAAGUGCAGCCACCAGCCUUUUGAGUUUAGCUGCCCAGAUUGCUUUAGAGAAUGAACAACAAGCUGUGGCUAUCAAAGCUUUGGAGUAUUUAUCUCAGCACUCACAAGAUUGUCAACAAGUAUUUACAGCUUUAAAGUGUUUGGUUCGCCUUGUGUUGUCAAAAGUCACGGCAGAACCCAAAGAGAAUAGGGAUAAAGAUAUGGACACACUCCUGACUUACUUGACCUCAGCACAUCGGAGACUUGCUGAGUCUUUUACAGAAGGGAGUAUGACACUGGAUAUGAGGACCCAUGAGGCUCACUGGUUUAGAAAAAUGGCUUGGAACUUGGCUGUACAGUUCGAGAACUGCCCAGGAACAAUGAGGGAUUUCUUUGUACUGUCUUUCAAGUUGUCCCAGUUUUGUCCUUCUGAUAAAGCUGUUCUGAUUGCCCAGAAGACAUGCUUGCUGUUGGCUGCAGCAGUUGAUCUGGAAAUGGGGCGAUGCAGUUUAACACUCACUGAACAGAUUGAGCUUCUGUCUCAGGCCCUUCAUCACAUCCAGGCAUGCAGGGAAAUCUGGAAUGUUCUGAAGCUAACAGGAGAUUUCUCCAAAGACCCAACAGACACAUUGCUGCUGCUUUAUGAAUUUGAAGCAAGAGCCAAACUCAAUGAUCCAGAACUGGACAGCCUGUUGGAAUUGGUGUGGGAACUGCCACAAAUAGAGACUAAGAUGCUGGAAACCAUUGCUUCAUUAGCGAUGGAGUCUCCUGCUCAUUAUCCCUCUGUGUGUAAGAGGGCCCUCAAGAGCGCUCUGACCCUUCAUAGGAAACAGGAAUCCAUUGAUGCUGUGAGAGUCAGCAAAUGUCUGCACAGCUUGGUUCACCUUUCUCUGCCAACUGGAGUGAUAGACACAGAUGCUUGUAUACUGGAGGAGGUGUGGGGCUACUUUGAAGAUGCUCUGAGCGUUGUAGGCACCACAGAUGAUUACCCAGAGGUGGAGACCCUUUGGCUGAUGACCAGAGCCUGGAAUACAGGAAUACUUCAGUACAGUGUUGGUAAAUACAAGGAGGCUGAGCAGUGGUGUGGGCUGGGUAUGCGCUUUCUGAAUCACCUGAGAUCCCUGAAGACCAGCUAUGAGAGCCAGAUGAUUGGUCUUUAUAGCAAGGUGCUGGAUAAGUUGGACAGAGCAAAGGGGUUCCCUCCAAAUGAAGAAUAACAGUGCAGCAAGCCAGGGUGAUGGCACCCCCUGUAAACAUUCAGCUGGAUAGAAGAGACUGCUGCUCCCAGCACUCGCUGAAAAGCUAGCAGCCAGGGCCUGCUCCUCUUGGCCAUUUGAAAGUUAUGUACUUUUAAGGAAGUUUUUAUUGAAGAGCUGUAACUGUUUUCCUUCAGGGAUUUGUAUUCAUGCUAGAGAGCUAUUUAAUGGUAAGAAGCUGAGUCAUAACUUUAUGAGAUGGGGCUGCUGUUAUACAGCCAGGCUAGUUUAAAUGUAUGAAGUAGCAAUGUGAACAAUAAAAGUGUUCCAGCACCAUGUGCAUCUUGCAGCUGCCACAGUUGUCUUCCUAAAUAUUUACCGGGUUGUUUAAUUUUCAGUCCAUUUCAGUAUGGACAGGCAUUUAGAACUGCUGGCCAGGACUGCAGCUAUCAAUCACUUUGUUUAAUAAAGAGAAUAGGUGGCUCGCUCACAUUGUCACACAAAAUACUAAAGCUCUGGCUAGGGCUGCUGUUUAUAAGCUGCUAAAUAUAACAUACUGAGUUAGUCAGCGCUCACCCUUAACCUCCCAAAAAACAGUACACAGGCUGGAGACUUCAUCCACAGCCAAAUGGAUUGGGUGAAUAGCCAACACCCCACCAGCUAAAAUUUAAUAGGACUAAUACAACCUGACCUAAACAACUUUGGUGCAGCCUCUGUUUCACAAGCAGUGCUAUAGCUCAGUAAAACUGGUGUACAGUUGCCAUUUCAAAAAAGCAGAUAGAAUGUUUGAGCAGGUCUCUCUCUCUCUCUCUCUCUCACACACACACACACACACACACACACACACACACAGUAAAACAUUAGUUACAUGCUCACUUAAAGCAGCUUGAGUUGUGAUUACCUUCUAAGAGACAGCUGAGUGGGGAAGGGGAGAGCCUUUGGGGAUACACUGUCAAUAGCUUUCAGCCAGGGCUGCCCUAUGGUAAGCAGACAUGAAGAACAAUCAAGUAAAUGGGCAUUUCAUGUGGGGUGGCCCACAGAGUUGUAGCCUCAUUUAUUUGCCUCCAGUGCAACUGCUCUUCAUUAUGUUAGGGCCCAUUGGGUUGACAAGGGCAGGGGGUAGUUGCAGCACACUGCUACCUCAUGCUGAACUAGGAGAGAGGCACUGACACUCAAGUGAUCUCAAGAUCUCGACCACUACCUCUACCCCAAAUGCCCAGGAGGGAAAGCAAUUUUUUUCAAGGUAAUCUGAGAAAGCAUAUGGAGUUUAGAGCACUUACCUAUAGUAGUGCUACUACCACUUAGAAAAGAUCACGCCACCUUUACUGAAGGUUGUCAGUUUUGCUGCUCUUUGGAAGGAAAGAUGAUAAUCAGUGUCGCAGUGCAACACUGGCAGAUGACUUAAUUCAGCUGUAUGUGCACAAGAUCAGCAGCUGGUGCUUAACUCCCACACUAGUGCACAAUGGGCAGACCACAAGGAAAAUGGCCAAGUCCAGGCACCACUGCACACCCUCCUGCAAUUGGUAAGUGCUGUAUGAAAGGGCUUUAUUAGCAGAGCCCUUGCUCAUGGGCAGAGAUGCUCCUGAAUGUAAAAAGCAGGCUGCAGUGUUAUUCUGUAUAGUGAAAGUAUUAUUUCUGUAGGCCUGGCACAACAGGGUGCCUGUUCCCACUCAAACCUUGUUCUUCCCUCACUUCUCUCCCCCAAAAAUCAUUUAAGCCAAACACACACAUUUUGGAUUAUUUGCCUUCUGAUUUUUGAGGCUUAGGUUCAGAGUUUCACACUUUUCUCUACAACAAUCUGGGCAAAACCAGGUAUUCACUUAGCUCCAGGAACUGCUUUCAUUUAAAAUAAAAAGAUUACUGCCAGGAGGGCUUAGCAUUUUAGAGAAGCUUAGACAUGUGAAGCCUAAAGGCGCAACAAACGGAGGGCAAAUUAAAAAGUCAACAUUUAAAAAUCAUGGCAUAAAGCCAAGCUAAUGGUUUUGGGGGCCUGAUUAAUGACCCAUCUGCACUGUCACCCCCAUCUCCACCGAGCAGCUGGAAGGCAACCCUUAUCUAGUCCUCCUCCUGAGGUGUUCUACAGCUGGUAACUAGCUCAUUUCAUUUCCUGAAGACUGACACAAGCAGGUGCCAUUGCAGCAUUCACAGAACCUGACUUACAUUAUAUACAUUGCACGAGAUGCUUUUCAGUAUGGCUCAGGUCAGCAGUGAGAGACUUUGUUUCAAUGCUAGUUAGUCAGAAUUUAAUUGAAGUAGUAGACUUAGAAGAAUUACUUACCCUAAAGUAACUGUGAUUCUGUGAUAUGUCGUCAGUAUGGAUCCCCUCCUUGUAUGUGAGAUCUGUACAGUAUUUCUUUGAAUAGCAGUAGUUGGGGGUGGGGGGACAGCACACGUGCCCUGUGCCACCUCAUGCUCCCCUCUGAAGGCAGAAAGGGCAGAGUGACUCUGACCCCUCAUCAGUUCCCUUGCAAUUCAAAGCCUGUAGUAGUUGUGAACUUGGAAAAAUGACAAUGGAGGGUGGGUCGUCGGAUCUGCACUGACCUCUUGAGGAAUCACAGUUACCUUAGAAUAAGGAACCAUCCUUUGAGUAUGUGUCAGCGUGGAGCUUUGGAUCAGUGUUCAUUUCGUGCUCCCCAUCAGUACCUGGCCCAUGCCAAGGAAGCCAAUGAUCCAAUCAGAAGACCAAAUUCGGUGAUGAAUCCUGGUCAUGAGGCACAUUGUGCAUGCACUAAGAAGCAGUGAGGAACUCACUGUCGGUGACUGGCAAACAUUCUUCCCCGAAUGGUGGGAGUGGAGUUCUAGCCAUACCAAACAACAGUUGGAGUACGGGCAUUUGCCCAGGUAGCCAUGUCAAGGGCAGUGGUCAACAAAAUCCAGUGAGUUACUCCAAGCUGCAGCCUUACCGACCUGAGAGGUUGGACUGUUCCUGAAGCAGGUGGUCAAUACACCCUGUGCCCUGCUGGAGAGUGCCUUGAUUUUUGAUGGGACAGGCUCACCCAUCAGCUACUAGUAGAUGGACAUGCACUGUAGAUUAAGUUGGAGAUUGACUGCAUGACUGGAAAAGGCUUGGUCCAGUCAAGGUAUUAUAGCAAAGCCCUGCCAAUAUCCAGAGUCUGCAAUGUCUCCCUCAGUAGCAAGAGUGCGUCGUGAAGCCUGACGAGCUGAGUGACUGGGUCAGGUGGAAGUCAGACCAUCUCAGGGAUGAGCUUGGAAUGUGUCUUGACCACUACUGUGUCCCAAUGGAAGGGCAUAACCUAGCUAACCUGAGGGCAAGAAUGAAGGAGGACUUUAAGGUAUUUAAAUACUGUUAGAUGAGAAAAUGCCUCAUGAUUGUACCAGUGUGUGGCACACAGAUAUUGCUGCUAGGUUGAUCUUGUAAAAAACGAAUCCAUCCUGUUUUAAUACCAGCAUACAAUCAAGGAUUGUCAAUGUAUAUUCCUGUACUAGGUCCAUGUUCUUUUAGACCACCCCUGUGGAAAUUUUUUUUCCAUUUGAAGAGGUAAAUCUUCCUGGUGGAUGGACUUCCUGCUUUGGAUGAGAAUUUUCUGAAUGCCUCUCUUUUAGUAGUGGUCAAUCAGCCACCCUCAAAGCAGUCAGAUGCAGUGACUGCAGGUCCAGGUCCAGGAGUUGACCUUAGUUUUGGGAUAUUACAUAUAGGUUGGCUGGGGGAUAGGUUGCCACAUGGACAGCUGUAGCAGGUCUGAUGGCCAAAGGUGUCUUGGUCACUAAGGGACUAUCAGGAUGACUGUAGUUUUGUCCUGCCUGAUGAUGUAUAAUAAUUUUAAGGAUCUAGGCAAUUGCUAGAAAAGGAGAUAUGUAUCCUUGAGCCCACCAAAGGAGAAAACGAUCUGGC